AAAUUAUAAAGAUAGUUGUUUAUUAAAUGAUACUCGACGUUUUAAUUGUACAUCAGAAGAUAAAUGUUUAUCACCGAUAGGUUUCGAUCUUCGUGCACCUGGCUGCAAAGAUAGAGAAGAUAAGAUUCACAAACAAGAAGUAUCUGUAUUUUCAGUUCUUUGUUCUCAAACCCGUCGAGGUUUACAACUAGAAGACAAUGAGACAUAUGACACUAAUUGUGAAUGGUGGCCUUGUAAUAAUCCAUAUACUCGAUGUGACUUACAAUUUCAUUGUGCUAAUGGAAUCGAUGAAUUGAAUUGUUCUAAUACCAAAUGUAAAACUGAUGAAUAUCAAUGUUAUGAUGGUCUUAUGGUUUAUUACUGUAUUCCUCAAAAAUACAUCUAUGAAAUACCACUUGAUUGUAUUAACAAUAACAUAAGUGAUCUCAGUCGGAAAAUAUUUUAUUCAAAUAGUUCAACUAUUAAUAUUAAUAAUGAAUAUAUAUCAUGGAAAAAUAAAAGUUGUCUAACAGCAGAUGAUAUUUGUGGUUCUCAAUCAAUCAAUCAUCAAAAACAUUUUUGUGCUCUUCGACAAUAUUCAAAUACGCCAACACGGUCUUCAUUCUUUUCAGAUUUAUAUGACAGUACAAUAUUGUGUAGUUUAAUACCUAAUAACCAUAUAAGUCGUCAAUUUUUUGUCUUUUCUACAUGGAAUAUUGGAAAUUUACCAUCAGAAAUAAAUUCAAAUCAACAGCUUAUUGAUACGAAACCAAGCGAAAUUCUAUUAAUUCCAAAUACAAGUAUUGAAUUAAUUGAACAUUGUAAUCGUGGAAUUCUUAUAUUUGAAGAAAAAUUAUUUAAAAAGAAAUGUUUAUGUCCACCUAAUUAUUUUGGUGAUCGAUGUCAAUUUCAAAAUCAACGUAUUAGUUUAACACUUAAAAUACGUACAUUAAGAUUAUAUGAAAAAAGAACUUUUGUUUAUGAUAUUUUUAUUUAUUUAAUUGAUGAUCAAAAUCAACUUAUACAUUAUUAUGAAAAAAUAGAUUUUAUUUCAUCAAGAGAUUGUGAUAUAAAAUAUAAUCGUUAUUUACUUUAUCCAGAUCAACCAAAAAAUCCUAAUCAUACAUAUUCAAUUCAUAUUGAUAUUUAUGAAAAAAUAGCAUUCACUUAUCAUGGAAGUUGGAAUUUAUCUAUUCCAUUUCCAUUUUUACCAGUAAAUCGGAUAGUAACACAAAUUCAAAUUCCAUUAGAAAAAUCUGAAGAAGAAUUAACCAAUUGUUCCUCUGAAUGCGGAAAUCAUGGAAAAUGUUUUAAAUAUAUUAAUUCAAAUAAAACAUUUUGUCAUUGUAAUGAAGGUUACUCAGGUCGAUUUUGUAAUAUAACAUAUCAACAUUCAUGUUCAUCUGAUUCGAUUGCUUUAAAUUCAUCAAUUUGUUUAUGUCCAUUAUAUAAAUUUGGUUCAAAAUGUUAUUUACAACAUACAGCUUGUCGAUCUAAUAAUAAUCCAUGUCAAAACAAUGGUAAAUGUAUACCGAUGAAUGAUCGAAUAAAAAAAACUGGUUUUAUUUGUUUAUAUAAUGAAAAUUAUUUAGGAUAUGAUUCCGAAAAUCUACCAAAUAAAAUUGAUAUUAAUUUUAAAAUAGAUUCUAUACCACCAGUAAUCUUUGGCCAUUUUAUAACUGCAUUUUAUCAUCGUCAACAUCAACAAAGAUCGAUUUUUGAAAAAAUUCCAUUUGGUCACAAUUCAAUUUCAUUAUUUUAUAAAGAACCAUUUAAUUUAUUAUUUAUUGAAAUUUCAAAUAAUUAUUAUCUUACUAUAUUAAGAGAAAAAUUUAUUCCAGGUGAAUAUAUUUCUGCUGAUGUUACAAUGAAUAAUAUGUGCGUAAAUAUUACUAAAAUUCUCAAUUCAACAUUACUUAAUUAUAGUUAUACACGUCGAUUAAAAUAUUAUCCAUUACAAUGUAGAGAAAAUCCAAAAUUUAAAUGUUUUUAUGAUGAAAAACAUAUGUGUAUUUGUGAUGAAAGUCGAUUUGCAAAUUGUUUUAAAUUUAGUUACUCGAAUUUUUAUGACUGUCAGGGAGAUAAUAAUUGUGAAAAUGAUGGAAAAUGUAUUCAGGAUAGAGUCAAAUGUCUAACAACAUCGGUAUGUAAAUGUGGAGAAUGUUACUAUGGAGAUCGAUGCCAGUUGACAACCAAAGGUUAUAGUAUAUCACUUGAUGUUAUAUUUGGAUAUCACAUUAAACCAGGGGCUUCGUUUUUAGAACAAUCAAAAGCAGUGAAAAUAACUGCAUCAUUAACAUUUAUAAUGUUUAUCCUUGGUUGUCUUAAUGGAUUAAUAUGUAUAUUAACUUUUCGGCAAAAAUCUUUAAUUGAAGUUGGUUGUGGAAUAUAUUUAUUAAUGAAUUCAAUUACUUCAUUAUUAACAAUUACAUUAUUUACAAUUAAAUAUUGUCAACUUGUUACUUUUCAAAUGAAUCUUAUAACAAAUCGUUCAUUUAUUGAUUUUAAUUGUAAAUCAACUGAUGUAUUAUUAAAAAUCUUUCUUUAUUUUGGUGAUUGGUUAAAUGCUUGUACUGCUAUUGAAAGAGCAUUUGCUACUUUACAAGGUCCACAUUUUAGUAAAGCAAAAAGUAAAAAUAUAGCCAAAAAGAUAAUACCAAUAGUAUUAUCUUUAAUAACUAUUUCUUAUAUUCAUGAUCCAAUAGCUCGACAAUUAUUUGAUGAUGUAGAUGAAAAAAGAACAUGGUGUAUUGUGAAAUAUUCAACAAGUUUGACAAUCUUUGAUAAAUUUAUUAAUCUAUUUCAUUUUUUAGCACCAUUUAUCAUUAAUAUUUUAUCUGCUCUAGUUAUUAUUAUUCAAGUAUUUAGAUCACGUGCCAAAGUUAAUCAAAAAACAUCAAAUGUAACAAUUUCUGCUCAGAUUAAACAACAUAAACAUCUUCUGAUUUCACCAUGUAUUUUGAUUUUAUUAGCUUUACCUCGUUUAAUAAUAUUAUUUACAUCUCGAUGUAUGAAAUCAGCACAAAACCCAUGGUUAUUUCUUGUUGGUUAUUAUAUUUCAUUUGUUCCACCAUUGCUUAUUAUUCCAGUAUUUAUCUUACCAUCAACAACAUACAAAAAAGAAUUUCUUGGUGUAAUUAGAAAAAUGCAUUUAUAUAGACAAUAA